AUGCAUACCACCUCCGUCCUCGCCGCGGCCUUCGUGGCCGCUGCCACCCUCGUCAGCGCGGAGCCGCAAAGGCCCAGGAUCUACUUUCCCCGCAACGUCAAGCGUCAGUUUCUCAAUGCGACCACGACCAGCCAGGAGUCGACGACUUCGCAGUCCACCCCCGUCGUUAUUCCUGCGAGUACGACGAAGCGCCAGAACCUGGGCGACUUCCUGUCCAGCAUCGGUGAGAGCCUCGAGCCCUCCAAGGGAACCACCUCGGACUCCAGCGACGAUAGGACCACCAUAGUUGUCUCGAGCACCAUCGUGGUUCCGCCCCCGUCGGAAACCUCGACGUCGUCUGAGCGCUCCAAUGUCGCCUCCUCGACGUCGUCUGAGCGCUCCAAUGUCGCCUCGUCGACCGGUGGUCUCCCCGAGUCCGUGAUUGCUCCCACCACCAGCUCCACUGCCGUGGUGGUCUCGUCUGAGGCCGCUGCUACCCCGACUCCGACCGUUUCCUCCAGCUCCAGCGGCAUCCUCCUCGCGCCGACCGGCGAGGUUACCCCGACCAGCACGGCGACGCCGACCACAACCGCGGACCCUCUGGCCGGCAUCUCGUCGAUUCUCAGCAGCGCUUUGUCCGAGGGCACGACUGCUCUUACCCCGAACACGACCGAGCCCGUCACUGUUGAGCCUACGAGCGCCGAGCCCACCACCAUCCUUCCGACAGUGACGAGCGAGUCAUCGGUCGUGACCACGUCCGUCUCGACCACCUUUGCGGAGCCAACCACCGUCGUUGACCCGACCACGGCUCCCCUUCCGACCACUGGUGUUGAGACCACCACGGGUAUUGAGACCACCACGCCGCCUCUUCCCACGACCACCGUCGUCCCCCCACCCCCGAUUAGCAAUGUGACGGAGCCGUCAACGACGACGACGACCCCUCCCACCACCCUCCCGCCCGACCCUAUCACUACUCCGCCCACGACUGUCCCGGCUGUUGUGCCCACGGGCAACAGCACCAUCUCUUCGACGUCUGUUACCUCGUCUGAGUCUACUGUAGUCCUGCCUACCACGGACAGCGAGCCCACUAUUGGUCCUACCGUCCCGGUGCUUUCUGGCAACGCCACAGUCCCUGCGUCGACCACCUCGGCGGCGCCCAAGGACGACUCGACUACGUCCACCGCUGCGCCCACUUCGACCAGUGCUGGCUGGCUCCCGACCACGCUGGUUAUUGGUAUGCCUUCGCCUACCAAGUCGGAUGACCCCAAUGUGCCAUCAACGGCGACUGCUACCCCCAUCCCCUCGGAUCUGCCCAAGGCUAUCACGCCCGACUCGGACAACAAGCCGCUUCCCGACGACACGGUUGAGAUCCGGGUCGGGUUCAACUACGCGCUCAACUACGAGUUCGUCGCUGGCACCCCGCAGGCUGCUGCGCAGAUCUUCAAGCACCUGCCAAAGGCCCUGGGCUACCUUCCUGGAACUGGGCAGCCCGACAAGAUUCAGAUGCGUCGCCUGCAGCCCCUGAACACCAACGGGGAGCUGGGCUUCGUCACCACCAUCGCCAUUGCCACCUACCCCAAGGACCAGGUCAACAGGCUCAGGCUGGAUAUCAAGAUCCCCAGCUCGCAGUUCUACCAGAACACGGACUCUCUGGUGCACAACCUUACCCUCGAGAUCAACCCGGCUAUUGAUAUUCUGGUUGGUAGCCUCGAUGGUACGGGUGGCAACGGGGCGUCGGGUGGCUCGCCUGGCAGCCCCGGUGGUACUCCCAACGACGUGUUCAACAACGAGAACAGCAGCAACAACCCGUCGGCCUCGCAGAGGGCCACCUUUGCAGGAAUUACUGUCGGCGCCGUUUCCCUGGCCGCUGCCUACGGUGCCGCCAUGUUCAUCAUCGCGCGCAGGUACAAGAAGAAGAGACAGACCCACCAGCGCUCUAGCUCGCUGAGCAACGGGUCUAGGUCGACGGCCCCGGGUAUGCGCGAGGCUAGCGGAAGCCCCGCACUGAUGGGCGGUGCUCUCCUCAGCCGUGACUUCACGUCCAGCUACGGUGGAGUUGCUGCUGGUGCCCCCGGCGGUCGUGACAGCCAUGGCAGCGGUCGCAGCGGCGCUGGCAACUCGGGCCGCACGGCUUUCAUCUCUGCGCCCGUUGCCCAGGAGAACUCGCUUGGCUGGAACUAAGAAGACGGCCAAGUUCGCCCUCGCCGCAGGGUCGCCGAGCUCGCCACCCGAUCGAUGCCUGUCACACGCCACCCGCCAUAUUCGCAAUAUAUCGACGUCUCAAUAGAAGCCUCAUACACUUGGGCCUGCCUUUGCCCCCUUUGCGUUUUCUUGCAUAUUCGAUACCCCUCGGGAAA